CCUUGUUUACAACCACGAAAUAAUCAAUGAUUUCCUAACCAACUAUUUUUUACGUGCAACUACAUUAAAAUGUCGCUGUUUAAAAUUAGAACUUUUUGGAGUACGCACUGCGAAGACGACGAAUCCUUCGACCAAAACUCUCUCCUAGUGACUAAACUUAACAGUGAUUCUGACGUAAUAGUGACGGGAAGUCAUAGUGGCAUUUUGCGGAUUUUUAAACCCUUGUGUGAAACAAACGAUUCCAGUAAUCUAACGGACUACAAGGUGACGGACUUAUUGAUUGAAACUAUUAUAAAAGACCCCAUUCUCCAGAUUAGUUGCGGCCGACUAGUAUCAGGUUCGCCUAAAAAACAACUGGCUAUUUUGCAACCAAGACUGGUCGGCGUUUACGCUCUGGUUACCAAAGAGGGGGCAACCGACCAUGGUGUGCAACACAUUCUGCAAUUGUUGUACGAGCAUAAGUUACGCAGGUCGGCGUAUAAUUUUUUCGUGGGGCCUUUUGGAGGGAGCCAGAGCAGGGAUUUUAUAUGUGUGCAGUCGCUGGAUGGGCUGUUCACGUUUUUCGAGCAGGAGAGUUUUGCGUUUUGUUGCUUUUUGCCGGAUUUUCUGCUGCCUGGGCCCCUGGUUUUUGUCCGAAAAUCGGAUAGUUUUGUCACGGUUAAUUCGGCGUGGCAAAUCAUGAGUUUUAAGUACAAAAUACUCUCCGAAGCUGGUCAAAACUCACUAGAAGAAGACGACGUCGGCAAAAAAGUGACCGCAGACUGGAAAUUCAACCUGGGCGAAGCCGUUACAGACCUAGACGUAGUAGAAGACCCCAGCUCCAGAGAAAGUUUCAUCAUGGUACUCGGCGAAAGAAACAUGUUUUGCUUAAGCGACAUCGGGAAACUCAAAUACAUGAAACGACUGGACUUUUCUCCCACGUGUUUCAUAAACUUUUCUCUAAACGACCGAAUUAUGUCUUUAGUUGUGUCUGAGACCAACAACUUGCUAAUUUACCAAAACACCUCACUAAAGUGGUGCGCCCAACUCCAAACUUCCCCCAUUUCGGUGAAGCGAGCUUUUAUGCAUAACAUUAGCGGCGCAUUAGUGUUUCUUUCACAGGAAGGAAUCCUCGAAUGUUCCUAUUUAGGAACGGAGCCAAGUCUAUUCGUGGCACCUCCUUUGGCGAUGCAAGAACUCGACUUCGAAAAAGCUGGUGUCGAAUUAGCCACUCUGUACAAAACGAUCAAGAAUUCGUACUCCAACGAUAUAAAAGUAACCAACGCUUCAGCCGAACGCGAGCUCACCUUAAACGUCUCUGUGAGUCCUCAUUUAGAGCCUUGCACGUUCGACACUAACAUAAAAACUGCAAUAAACAAUCAAAUGUGUUCGAUUUCAAUCGAAAUUUCCCCCCAAGCGUUAUUCGAGGAAGUUCAAAUAACGCUCCUCGCCCAAUAUCCGCUCAGAGUCGAGCCUCAAAUAGAAUUUUUUAAUAACUUAUCCGAGAAAACGUCGAUGAAUUGUUACGCUUUUAUGGAGGGAGUCGGGGAAGUUGUAAGUUUGAACGUGGAAGUUGUGGCUUCGUUUAUAUCGAGCUUGGGAGUUCCUCGGAGUGUGACGAGGAGUGCGAUGUUGCCGCUGAAUUUAGUGCUCGAAACGUGUCCGCCGCUUAAAGAUAGCGACUGCAAAGUAACUUUAAACAUUAAUCAAAGUCCUGUGGGUUUAUCUGUUCUGUUCCCAGAGUAUACUUUCUCGACGACGGGGAGCGCUAUUGGUUUCAGGAAGCUUACGGCAGGUGAAGUUGUAACGAUUCUUUUAGCGAAGUCCUCGGAAAGGUACAGGCUUCAAUCAAACUCUUUCGCGUCGUUGAGCCUUUUGGUAGAGCAGAUGGUGGAUCGACUUAAGAAGCAUUACUCUAACAAAAGCGACUUUGCCAUUACCUUCAAUCCACCUUUGCCGAUUAAUGAACCUUUGCAAUAUAUAGGCAGGCAUUUCGAAGCCCGGCAGAAAUUUAGCUCUUUGCAGGAGCAACUGACUCAACUCAGCUCUCAAUUCCGCCUAAUCCAAAAACGCCUCAUAGCAAAAUUCAAGGUAAAAAAUCCCACACCUCUCUCAAACUUAGAGCUCCUCCUCGAGGACACCUUCAACGAAAUAAUCAAGCUAACGACCACCCUCGAGGACGAAAAGCAACAACUCCUCAAAACCCAGACGGAAUUAUCCUGCGCUUUGCACGUCCUAGCAAAUCUCAUCAAAUUAAUGGAUUGCAACAAUAACGUUGCAGGACUAAUCCAAUCGGCUUUUAAUCCUUGCGUCUACGACAUGGACGGACAAAACUGGGAGGAUGUUCACGAUGCAUCGCUUUGCUAUUUGUUGCGCACGGUCCUGGCCAAAUCCGAGAAGGACAAACUGAGAGCGGCGCAUACGAGUUUCGAGGAGGUGAAGGAUAUUACUAAAAUAGAAAAGCGCCUGAGUCAGGUGCUCGAAAGAAUCCCGAAAGGAGCUUUACUUGAAACUCAUUUUCCUCUGGAUGAAGAUAAACAAGAAGGAGAAGAUGAUGGAGAUAAUAGGGAGAGUGUUGAUGCAGCCAUGCCAAUUGGGUCGAAAAUUGGUGAAUCGAGUUCGAGAUUGCUGUCGGCGCGAAAGGGCCUGCUUAGGAGGCGGCAUAAAGUUGAUGAUUAAUAAAGGAUGGGAGGAAGGGGCGAAAGUGGCGGCUAAUUGGGGUUCCAAGACGAAUUUAUUUUUAGUGGGGGGAAACUUUUGUUGAUUGUUGUGUCGUGACUAAGAAAAUUUUUAAUAGUUGACGAAACAUUAUUUUUCUAAAUUAGUUUUCGUAUUUAUAUGGUGUGUAGCAUUUGUUGUAGUUUCGUUACUGUGUUCUUUUUAUAUUGUUGUAG